AUGGAGUAUAUUGCUCCCGAAGAUGAAUCGCUGGCCACGGGGACACGAAUAUUGUGCUGUCAAUGUGCUGUACCUAUAGAAGCAAAUCCCUCCAACAUGUGUGUGGCUUGCUUAAGGGCUCAUAUAGAUAUUACAGAAGGCGUUCCUAAGCAGGCUACUCUCUUCUUCUGUCGCGGAUGUGAAAGAUAUCUUCAGCCACCAGCUGAAUGGGUUGUUUGUGCAUUGGAAUCUAGAGAACUUUUAGCUCUGUGCCUUAAAAGACUCAAAGGUCUUAAUAGAGUAAAAUUAGUGGAUGCUGGCUUUGCUUGGACUGAGCCACAUUCCAAACGAAUAAAGGUUAAGUUGACUGUACAAGGAGAAGUGAUGGGUGGUGCUGUAUUGCAGCAGACAUUUAUAGUAGAGUAUGUAGUACAGCAUCAAAUGUGUGAUGCUUGCCACCGCUCAGAGGCACAAGACUACUGGCGCGCCCUGGUACAGGUCAGACAAAGGGCAAACAACAGAAAAACAUUCUACUACCUUGAACAAUUGAUUUUAAAGCACAAAGCGCAUGCUAAUACACUUGGAAUAAAACCAAAACAUGAUGGUUUGGACUUUUUCUAUGCAUCAGAAAACCAUGCACGUAAAAUGGUUGAUUUUAUUCAAUCAGUGCUCCCAAUCAAAUGUCAGCACUCAAAGAAAUUGAUAUCUCAUGACAUUCACAGUAAUGUCUACAACUACAAAUUCACAUUUAGUAUUGAAAUUGUUCCAUUGUCAAAGGAUAGUGUUGUCUGUCUUCCCAAGAAAUUGACUCAUCAGUUAGGUGCAAUAUCACCUAUCUGCUUAGUGCAAAGAGUAACCAGCACAAUACAUCUUAUUGAUGCAAGUUCUGGGCAAGUGAGUGACAUAUCAUCAACUGUGUAUUGGAGACAUCCAUUUACACCAAUCUGCAAUCCUAAACAACUUGUGGAGUAUAUUGUUAUGGACAUUGAUAUUUUAAAAGAACAUGAGAAGAAAUCAUUCCCUGGCCAAGGUGUGGUGUCAAAUAAGCAUGUAGUGGCUGAUGUAUGGGUGGUGAAAGCCAGCGAGUUAGGUCUUGAUGUAAAUCCUGUACACACUAGAACGCACUUGGGCCACAUAUUGAAGCCUGGGGAUACUGUGCUAGGGUAUAACUUGGGUGAUUCCAAUGUAAACGAUGACAAUUUCGAUAAGUUAGACCGGAGUUCGAUUCCUGAUGUGUUUCUCGUGAAGAAAUACUAUGGCGAGCGGUCGGCGCGUAGGCGCGCGCGCAACUGGAAGCUCAAACAUAUGGCGGAUGAAUUACACGAGAGGAAUAGCUCUUCUAACGAUGAUUAUAAUGAGUUCCUUGAUGACUUGGAAGAAGAUCCGGCCUUCAGGCAGAAUAUAAAUAUUUUCAAGGAUGCAAACAAAAUCCCAGUGGACACGGACGAGAUUGAUCCCUCACUCCCGCGCAUCACACUUGCUGAAAUGCUCGAUGAUCUAGUCAUUGAGGACGUUGAUAUGACAGAAGUGUGA